AAGUUGACAUUGAGAGAAGGACAGAAGGAAGGACGGGGUCUACUCUCAUCCCCGGCCUGCUCCUCUAGUCCUCUUUACCCUUCACUGACGUGGACCACGUGCUUGCUGCCUGCCUGCUGCCUGCCUCACCUGCCAUGACAACCCUCCACGUCCCCACCUACAAUCAGACGCGGGAGAGGCAGCGGUCAGCCAGCGGGUGCACCGACACAGAUGGUGACGUCCACCUGCGAGUCAUUUGUUACGAUGAGACGGUGCGCAAGCUAGACCACUACUAUGGCAUUGUCAAGAGGCAGCUGCUACAGAACCAGAGCAUCAGCCUUGGCAUCUUCCCGAGCACCAGCCAGGACCAGCAGGUGGGGGAUGUGCGCACCUCCAUAUACUGCGCUGCGUCCAUAUGGAGUCUCUUCCAGGCAUACAGACGAAUUGACGAUGACCGAGGGAAGGCAUAUGAGCUGGGCCAGUCCUGCGUCAAGUGCAUGCGGGGAAUCCUCACCUGCUGGAUGCGACAGUGUGAGCACGUGGAGAACUUCAAGAAGGGACAGAACCCAAAGUUUGCCCUGCACGCCAAGUUCCACCUUCUCACUGGCGAGGAGGUCAUCUCCAGCGAGGAGUAUGGCCACCUACAGAUUGACAUUGUAUCCCUGUACCUGCUGUUCCUGGUGCAGAUGAUCACCUCAGGACUGCAGAUCAUCUACACCAUGGAUGAGGUGACCUUCGUGCAGAACCUUGUGUAUUACGUGGAGCGAGCAUACCGCACACCUGACUUUGGCAUGUGGGAGCGUGGCAGCAAGUACAACAAUGGCACUCCAGAGCUGCAUGCCAGCUCCAUUGGCCUGGCCAAGGCUGCACUGGAGGCCAUCAACGGCUGCAACUUGUUUGGGGAGAAGGGUGCCUCUUGGUCUGUCAUCUUUGUAGACAUUGAUGCGCACAACAGGAACCGCAGCAUCUUCGAGACUCUUCUGCCCAGGGAGUCCAGCUCAAAGAAUGUGGACGUCAGCCUGCUAUGUGCCAUCUCCUUCCCUGCCUUUGCCACACACGACCAGGUUCUGUACACCAAGACACGCAAUCAGAUUGUCAGUUUAUUGGAGGGUAAACAUGGCUUCAAGAGGUUCCACCGAGAUGGCUACGGAACUGCACUGGAGGACAAUAAGAGACGGUUCUACGACAUUGCCGAGACAAAAGAGUUUGAGAAGAUAGAAUGUGAGUGGCCGCUGUUCUUCCUGUUCAUGAUCAUUGAGGGCAUGUUCAAGGGCAACGAGGAGCAGGUGGAGCAGUACAAGAACAAACUGAAGCCGCUGGUCAAGAGAGACAAGUGGGGAGACCCAGUGGUGCCCAAGUACUACUAUGUGCAUAGGGACCAACUGAUUCUGGAGCGUUCUGACCCAGGUUCCCAGGGGCGCCAACCCAGCACAGAGGGCAACCCAAGGAACCUGUUCUUGUGGGGCCAGAGUGUGUGGGUCAUCGCCUCUCUGCUCAUGGACGGCCUGCUGCACAUUAACGAGUUGGACAUCAUCCGCCGCCACCUGCCGUCCUACAACCGCCCACGCAAGGGAGGCCGCUACUCUGCCUUCCAGGAUUCGAGCAAGAAAAACAGAGGCACAGCCAGCGACCUGGUGGUGCAGGUGGUGCUGAUUGCCGAGAGCAUGCGGCUGCAGGCGAUGAUGGCCACCUAUGGCAUCCAGACACAGACCCCUCAUGAGGUUGAGCCGGUCCAGAUCUGGCCACCCCGGGAGCUGGUGAAGGUGUACCAGAACCUUGGGGUGAGUGAGAAGCUUGGGCUGCAGGGACGUCCCACCCGGCCCAUUGGCGCCUUGGGAACCAGUAAGAUUUACCGAGUGUGUGGGCAGACAGUGCUCUGCUACCCACUGGUGUUUGAGGUGAGUGACUUCUACCUCUCACAUGACAUGGCACUGCUCAUCGACGACAUCAAGUCUGAGCUGCACUUUGUUGGCAAGUACUGGCGACUCUCUGGCCGUCCCACAGUCUGCGUCCUUAUACGAGAGGAGCACAUGAGGGACAUACAUUUUCGUGAACUGCUGGACUUGCUGGCACAACUGAAGACGGGCUACUGUGAUGGCUUGAAGGUGCGCACCGGCCGCCUGCAAAACCUCAUCUCAUCCUCCUGCAUAGAGCACCUUGACUUCAUGAGCACCCUGGACGUUGACCUGGACAUCAAGGCAUUUGAGCAGCUGCAGCACGCCAGUAUUGGCUACCAGUCCCUCACCGACGUGCCACGCGCCAUCACCUACUCUGAGGACUCCAUGAGCUUCAAGGACAUGGAGCUGCAGCCAACACACGAGGUGAUCAAUGUGCUGCGGUCUGUAUCCACACUGCACGGCCAGACUCAGCUGCUGGGCAUCCUGCUGCGCCGCGAGGGGCCAGACUACCAGAUAGAUGGCCAUCCAGUGGGAGAGCGGGUUCUUGCCCUGCUGAGCCAGGCGUCCUCACUCCGUUACUGGCGCACGGUGCGGGAAUGCACUGCUCUGCUCUCCAAGGAGGUGGAGUCUAUCUCACCUUACAUCACCACUGUCUUGGUGUCUGGAAAACAGCUGACAGUAGGGUAUGGCAAGGAUGAGGUGCUGCUGGAUCGGCCAGUACAGCCAGGUGGCAUCCAUGACCUCUUCUACAACGCCUCACUUCAGACUCACAAUGUUGUACAGGCAGUGUUGCAGCAAGAGGUAGUGCUGUACUGUGGGAAGCUCAUCGCCACACACACUCACCUCUUCAAUGGCAUCCUCAACAUCAGGGUUGGGUGGGUGAUCAAGGCCAUGACGUACUACCUGCAUGACGUGUGCCACAGCAAGGAGACGGUGGAGGGUCUGGCGCCCAGCGAGGUGCGGCGCCUGCUGGUGAAGGUGCUGUCGCUGGAUGAGUGGGCACAGCAGGAGAAACAGGCGAAGAAGUCAUGUGGCUGCUUGUGGGGAGGCGAGGGGCUGCGUGGACAGUGCCAGUCACCCACCCAGCAAUUCCCAAAUAAUCAGACAAAAUGGGGUUCGUCAAUGGCAACAGCUCUGCAGCGGCGCCGGGAAGUACGACUCACACCACAGCAGAUCCGAGUGAUUGACGGCUGUCUGGGACGAACGCCAAAGAGGUUUUACGAAAAGGUGUUUAAUAUCCUGAGGAAGACGCCGCUGGGAGUGCGUCUGUGUGAUCAGCUCCUGCCGCAGCACCCCACCAUCUCUGAAAUGUCUUCCGGGGAGCUCAACUUUGCUCUCACAGUCCAGUCUCUCCUCAACCACAUCCAGCACCCUGAGUACCGGCAGAUUGUGGUGGAGCUGUUCUCUGUUGUGGCAACAAUUCUGGAGAGGAAUCCUGAGCUCAAAUUCCUGCAUGUGUUGAAUAUGGACCAGAUCUUCAAGGAUGCCUUCAAGAUGUUCCUCAAGGACCAUGGACGGGAGUGGACGGACGACUGUUCAACCUUCUACAAUGCCUCCCACGUGGUGGUGAGCAGCUACCUGGCCCGGGCCGUGGUCAAUUUCAUGCUGACAGGUGACAUGCGCAGUGAGAUAGAGGAAGGCCUCACCUGUAAGGUGUCUUAGGUCACCUCCCUCACUGGUGUUGUCUUCACAUGUCUUGCUUUAGUUUCCCCCUGUUGUUUAUUGAUUCAUUCUGUUUUGUAUACAAAAUCUAUUAAAACUUUGUUCAUAGGAAUUGUGCCUCAGGCAGCAUUUUACAAACACCAAACAGGUUGAGAAAUUCAAAAUGUAUUGUUGGAAUAUUUCAGUCAUGACUUGUGGGAAGGAAUGUAGUGGUAGCAAGCUAAACAAAUUCUGGAUCUGUAAAUAUCUAGAUGAAGGUGUGGCAGCCAAGACAACAUUUGAUGAUAAGCCUUGUUACCUCAUAGUUGUAAAGCUACAGAGGAGGGGCCCUUUGUCCCCUUGCUCCGUCCCUCUGUGUUGCCUUGUAUGAUAAGCAGGGAGUGCAGUGGCAGCAUUCUUCCAGCAGACCACUGUGGUGCUGCUGGGCUGUGUCUCCUGCCACAGGGGAAAGUAAUUACCUACCUAAAAUUAUUUGCAUCCCAUAAUUAUUCUCUUGUGUUCAUAUUGUCUUAUGAAUUUUGUUUGUAGAUAUUGUUAUUUGUAGGUUGUAAAUAUUUUGUAGUUAUUUAUUGAUAAUACAUACAGUAGUUACUGGCAAUGUAAUUAUCACAAAACAUAUCCUUUGCACAAUCCAUGAUGUCCAUAAUUAAACCAAUUAUAAAGAUGAAUUAUCACGAUACACAGUGAUGGCAUUCAGUUACAUUCGCUUAAGUUUGUAUCACCUGUGCUUAUAUAAGAGUUUAUUGUACUACUUCUUUGUUCUAUCUAGUACUCAUUCACUCAUCUUGCUGCUUCCUUACCCACUAGUAUGAAGUGUAUUGUUUGCAGGCAAUAGUUAAACAGCACAAGUUUCAUCAGUAUCCACAGUUUAUUGUAGGAAAGAAUCAUCAUCAUGCUUUACUAAACAUAGCUGCUGAAAUGUAGGGAUGUGACACACCUGAGUUGGAGUUCCUUGCAAAGAGUGUUAUGAUGUGAGUGCUCUAGUCUAGUCAGUGUGAAACUUUGGGUCAUCCACUUCACAUCUUCCCUCAUAUAUUUUGUUUUUGGUUUUGUUGCAAGUGCCAAAAGUUGUUAAGAGAUUUUAAGAUAUAUAUAAGUUGUUUGUUUGAAAACCAUGGACUGUGAGGUUCAUUAAAAUUACAAAAUCUA